AUGAUACGCUCAAGAUGGCCCUGGACGCUUCGACUAACAAGCUCAGCUCAUCAGUCUGUGGCACGUAAUCAGAAGCGUUGCAAGGCCUUUGUGCGGAGACUCGAUAAGAACAACGAGGUCUAUUACACAAUAUCCAACAAGCGGCCACCAAAGUCUCCCGACUCCAUUCCCGUUCGAGAUGACUUCUUUGAGAUGCCGGAUCUAUUGCUGGACCUCGACGCCGAUGGAAGCCGCUUUGUCCGCCCGGCAGACGAGGCUGAUGAGAGGCGAUUGGAGAGGAAAUGGGACGUUAACCCGAAGAGACUCAAUGUCCAGCAUCAGUUGAAACAACUGCGAGACCAAAUCGAGGAGUCACGGAAGAAGGCUGAUGAUAUCUUGUCGAACCCGGCAAAUAUCUGGAGACUCAAUUCACAUGAUAUUCUAUCAGCAGCUCUGCGGUGCCCACUAGGAACCGUCGACCAAAUUGACAUAAGCACGACAACCUCAGAAGCACCACCAACUCUCAAUAGGCUUUCUUCGGGACAAGACCCUAGGUUUCUUGAGGCGCUCUGCAGAGAGAAUGGAAUACCUCCCCAUGCGCUGCAAGAUGACCAGGUCCUUCUAGAGUGGAUGUUGCUACGAUUCAAGAGCCUCAAGCGAUCUAUAACCAAUCGAAGCGAAGAGCCACUGUCCUCGUCUCAGUUGACAUCUUCUCUAAAGAACUCAACGUCCAUCACUGAUAUCCGUCGGCUAGUGUUUCAUGCUCUGAGUUCUGCAGAAACAGCCCAAACCUACUUCCCCAAGACAAAAGCGGCCAAUGACGAUUCAAAGAGCACAUUAAACGUGGCCCGGGAAAUACGCAACGCCUGUUUAAAUGUCUUAAACGAGCAUCCAGAAAGGGCGGUUGUCCAUCUGGAAAUACUAGGUUUCAUCGGGAAUCUGGCUGCAAGAUUGUCGUCUCACGGUGCUGCUAUUCCACCUGCUUUGACCGGACUGGCACUUCGACUUUCUGCAGCAGCGGGACUUACUGGAGCGACAUCUGAAUGGCUGCAUAGAGGUUUUGCGAACUGUAUGUGGGAGAAGCAUACGGCAUCAUCAAAAGACGUAGCCGAAGCUCUCACAACAUUCGCCCAGCAUCUGGGAAAUCCAGGGGAAGGUGGCUUAUACGCCGUUCACGAUCGGCAGUUGCUCUUGCAGCUACUAACUGGCAUUGAUGAGAAUCACACACUCUCAAGUGAUUCUUUGCGCUCACUUCCCCUAUUCUAUCUCGGCGAACAGAGCCAAGUCCCUACAGACCGGGCAUACGAAAUGUAUGAAUCGUACAUGACCCUCCUAGGCCAUCUCGGAGCCGUGAGAACCAUCUGGAAAGAAUGGCACGUCUCUAGACCUAUUGUAACACGCUUUUUAAAACCAAACGACGGCAUCCAACGACUCAAGCAUCUAUACGAAACAUCGCUACUCAGUGCCCUUCGAGUAGCCGCCCCCUUAGAGACACGAUGUCCUCCAGAUAUGGAGCUGGGCGAAUGCAUCGCGCAGGACUAUCAUUCAAUCGCCGCACAAGAUGCCAACGCUUGGCAUGCCGAUGCAACAGGAACAGCUCGAUCAAGCAAAUCUACAAAGGGCAGCUCUUUAGGCUUGCCGUCUUUCGACUUCCCCCUUGACGAAUGGAUUGCAAAACUCUACGAGACUGGCCGUCAGGGUCCCCCCUCAACUCGGUGA